AUGACGGGCGAUACGGAUGGUAUGCUAUUACUUGCCGAACGUAUAAUACACGCUGCGCCUAAUCUUCGUGAAAUCGAGUUCUCGUAUGACGGCAUCUAUGAAGAAGGUCUCGUUCAAGCUAUCAUGGGAUUAAAAAAUCUCGAAUCGCUUUUCAUCGACGUGAACGCUCUCUCUACAAAGUGGUUUUACGAUGUUGUUAUGCAUCAUGCAGCUCGCUUGACCGAUAUUGGAUUCACCCUUUAUUACGGAAAUGGGGGAGAUCAAAUGCCUUCUUUUGGUUUCUUGAAACACGUACCACGAUUGCGAAGGUUGAAUGUGACAUUGGCUCCGUUGGGUAUUCCUCGUGAUAUCACCAAAAUCACCGAAGCAAUUGCGUCGUCUUGCCUAGGUCUUGAAACGCUGACACUGAAUUAUACAGUCAGCUCUAUCCCUUUUGGAUCUAUUACAGCUUUUAAAAGACAUCCACGGCUCACCAAGAUGGAGAUUACUGCUGAAAGCAUGGAUGAUAGUGAUCUUGUAAGCGUCUUAUCGAUCCCGAAUUUGAACCACCUCAUCCUCCAUGUGCCACUCAAGGACCCUACUAUUGAAUUACUCAGGAGUAAGAUAGCGCGUGUGGAAUAUAAGCCUCGUACUGAUGUCAUUGAUAUGUACCAUGUUUGGUUCAAACAUUCGAAUGAAUAA